AUGCUGCAGUGGAACUGGGCGGCGUACCAGAGCGGGGCGCUGCAGUGCGAGAACUCCGCCUGGGAUGUGCCAGAGGACUGUGGCAAGGCCACCCGCACCAACAAUGCGACCUGCGACCCUCACGCGUCAUGGGAACAAUGCAUCCCCCGCCUGGCGCCGCCAGGCCAGAUUGCGACCGAGAACUUUGUGAACUGGUGA